CCUGUAUGAAUGUGUGUGACGCGUGUAUAUUUCAAUAGGUAAAUUAUGAUGCUGCCAGGUGAUUACUGAUGGCUCAAAAGUGAUUGUUCAGAAAGUAUAUAUAAGCGCUCAUGAUAGAUGUGCUGAAGUAUUCUCCCUUCAUCCAAGCCAACAGCCAUACUGUCCCGUCCUCCGCCCCGUCUCCUGCCAUCCUAAGAAUACCCCAACACCCGUAUUGCCUUCCGAAACCCCGAUUGUUAAUUAUGAUAACCGAGAAUAAUAGCAAUCUGGUGCUGAUCAAGAUCGCGUGGCUGUUUAUGCUGCUAUUAGUAACUGCCACGUUUGCACAACAACUGCAGCCAGACGAUAAUGACGGGGCGACGACCUCGACGAGCUCAGAACCUUCCGCGGUUUCUUCAUCGUCGUUGUCUUCAUUUGCCGAGCCGCUCUCCCAUGUUCCAGAACCAAACUCGGGAUUUGGACAGGAUUUUCAAAAGGCCAAGCUCGGGUUCGAUGCUCUCAAGGUUGGCAAACAGCACGCGGACCGGCUCGAAGACAAGCUUCCCAAAGUGGCCUACUCGGGCUAGUAUAAUUAGAUUUAUCCCAUUUCUCACGUCAUUUUCUUUUUUUACUUUUUUUGUACCUACUAAAGACUCGGCCAUCGUCGGAUGGCAAUGUUAAGCAGUGGCAGCAAUAGUGAUGUUAUUUGGCUGUUACUGUUAUUAUCAUGUCAUUACAUACUGUUGAUUCCAUGCUGUUGUCAAAAGAGAAGCGAGAGUCUAGAUCUAAUAUUAUUUUGUGUUCCGGUGCCUCCCCCAACCCGUCUUUUCCAAAGACACGAUGACGCUAAACGCCCACCCCCAAUGUUGAUUUUGCCGUUGUAUAUAGUAGCCACUCCAAUGUUU